GUCGUGCUCUUCCUUCGUACACUUGCCAACCACCAUAUGCGUUUGACAUGGCUCCGUUCAGUUGGGCCAAUGGAUACGAAUUCCAUGCAAUUUGGGUCACUGUCGUGGGCGCGUUAGGGUAUGCCACGUUCUUGCUUGUCAAGGCUCGAUUAUCUUUCUAUGAGAAGGUAAAGCAAGGCCUGCCAAUGCCCAAAUGGAAUCCAGUUUUUGGCCAUCUUCUUACGCUAAAUGAUCUUUUCGAAUCAAUACCUAUAGACUCAGGAUUAAUUUUCCCUUUCGCUGGUUCCGUUUUAGUCUCCGGACGUGAGCAACUGCUGCUUUAACCUGAGCUAAGGGUGAGCAUGCCUGAGCAGAGCCUGAGCAGAACCUGAGCAGAACCUGAGCAUCCUAAGCACGCCCCGAGUCAGCCUGCGAACUAUAAUGUGGAAUCAAUUUUGGCCUCCUGUGUGCCCCAGCUACAGUUUCCUUUCCGAACUUUGCCCGGGAAUCCGUUUCUGCUCCCUUGCAAGGUUCCCUGCCAGAGUAGAUUUUGGAUCCCUCUCGUGAAAGAGCACGUAACUAGUC